AUGGAGACCAUGGUGGCACAGCAGACGAACGGCCCGGCCUUCUUCUAUUACAGCCCCGAAGGCCAACAACACGGCCAUUUCAUCCCGCAGCAGCACCCAGCCUUACAGCAGAUGACCAUGCUCCCGGUCGUGCCCCCUCUGCCGUCGACACCCGUCUACUCUCGGCCUAGUUCUUCAUGCUCGCAGCCGCCGCUCCUUCCCAAGGGCUUCACCGGCGUCCCGAUCCUGCCGUCGACAAUGACGCCCGUGGCAUCGCCGAUGCCCAUCGCCCUUAAGCCAACUAUCGUGCUGGACACGGAGCUGGGCGAAGCCGAGGGGCUGUGCUCGCCCUCGACCCCUCCGCUCUCGUCGUCGGGCAGUGUCAUCAGCAGCCCCGGCAGCUGUGACAUGCUUCAGACGCCGCUGAACCCCAUGUUCUCUGGGCUCGACGGCAAGGAAAUUCCGGACAUGGACGGGGAGCUCGAGGCGUUCCCUGCUCUCGACUGGUCCGCAUGCGCAUCUCCCCCGGUUACGCCUGUGUACCUGCCGUCUUUGCAAGCACAGGCCGCCAAAGUUGCUCCGCUCAACACGCAGGCUUGCGACCUCCUUUCGCCUGCAUCCUCUUGCCCCUCGCUGUCCCCUUCGCCCUCUCCGUACGCGCGAUCUAUCUCGUCCGACGAUUUCUGUUUCGAUCCGAGAAAUCUGACGGUGGGCACUGUCAAUUCAACUCUUGCGCCCGAGUUCUCUGCGCUGCCCACCCUUUGUGCGGGCGAGGACGAGGAUCAAAAGUUCGUUCUCAGGGGCGCGGCUCGGUCAAUUUCACCCGAUUCCAACUUAGAGUUUCAGUCGCAGCUCUGCGACACCCUGCCUUCCUUUGACGCCCUCUCGGAUCUUGACUCGGAAGACGAUUUUGUCAACGGUCUUGUGAAUCUUGGUAACUGCGCGGCCACUCAAGUCAAUCGGUCACGUGCCAGCUCCGACGCGCUCUCGCUCAGCCCGUCAACUUACCUCUGCGGCGACGAUUCGGAGGAUCUUGACGGCUGCAAUUCGUUUGGCGCCGACAGUCUUCUCAGCCCGCCAGAGUCGUCCGAAGAGGCCGACUCACACAGGGACAAGCGCCAAAAGAAGUCCAAGGACACCAGUAAGCCCAUCAUGAGCACCGCCGCCGACUCUCAAUCGGGCAGCAACCAAAGCCAGUCCCCGCCCAGCAAUCAGGAGACAUCGAGCGAAAACGCUACCGAGACCAAGAAUGGUUCCGAGUCCAACUCGGGCUCCGAGAAUGCCGGGUCGACUCCUGCCCCGGCCCCCACCAGCCGUCGGGGCCGUAAGCAGUCUUUGACCGAGGACCCGUCCAAGACGUUUGUCUGCGACCUGUGUAACCGCCGUUUCCGGCGUCAGGAGCACCUCAAGCGCCACUACCGGUCACUGCACACGCAGGAGAAGCCCUUCGAGUGCACCGAUUGCGGCAAGAAGUUCUCUCGCUCUGACAACCUUGCCCAGCACGCCCGCACCCACGGCGCUGGCGCCAUCGUCAUGAACCUGAUUGACGACCCGGAAGCCAUGGCCGCCGCCGCUGCUGCGGGCAUGCCUGGUGGCUAUGCCCACACGGCCAUGAUGGGUGCUGCCGGCUUGGUUGGCGCAGACGAGUACCACUCCCUCGGCAAGGUCCUCUUCCAGGUUGCAGCUGAGAUCCCAGGCAGCGGCAGCGAGCUGUCUUCGGACGAGGGCAGCAGCAAUCAUGGCAAGAAGAAGCGCAAGAGGACAGAGUGA